AUGACGGACUGGAUCGACCCCAAGGAGUUCAAGCGCUUGUGGAGCUCUCUCAUCAAGGCGGGGUGGCGUGCGAGACCCCCUGCAGGUCUCAGCUCAGAUCAUACCCACGUGAAGCCGGGUGUUAAAGGCAAGCUGUGCAAGGACACAGUCAACAUUGAGUACUUCGUUGGCACAAACGCCCUAUGGGAAUACGCAAAGCAGGAAGGUUUGAUCCCUCCGCCUCCACCUCCGCCCCAUCGAAGUGGUUCAAUUCGUGCGAAGAAGUCUCCGAUCGGGAAAUUAGCGGCUUAUGCUGUCGUCCAACGGCGCCAGCCUGAGCCUCCAGCUCCUGAACAAGGUGCUCGCGUCCAUACCGCUAGUGUGGCUGCUACAGAACAAGGUACUCGCGUCAACACCGCUAGUGUGGCUGCUACAGAACAAGGUAUGCCAGUGAAUGCUGCUAGUCCGGCUGCUACAGAACAAGAUGCUGGUGUUGGUGCUGCAUUGCGUCAACGUACCACUGUGGAUCGAAACACUGGUGAUGGUGAAGCCAACGCUGAGGAGGAAAUGAAGACUGAAGACGAGCCGACUCUAGAUGCAUUUGAUCGAGAUGACUUCAUGGAAGCCUUUCGUGCAGAGAAUCUGUUUGGCCCCGUUGAUAUCGACGAUGUCAAUAUUAGUGACGAGUCGUUCCCGUGCAGUGUCGAGUCCGAUGAGGAGUCUGCUUUUGACGAGCAGGAGAGUGAUGAAGAGGAAUACGUGGAUGAAGUCGAGUCAGACCCAGAAUUUGAGGACACAAGCCAGGGCUUUCGACAAGAUGACAGGGCAAUGCGGGAGCUUGCCAGCUCAGGGUGGAUUUUGUAUGGCGAAGAUCACUGCGCUGACUUGAAACUGGACGGAGCUGCCUUGUGUGAUGGCAGAUGGGGAACCACGAAAUCGGCGGCUGCUUUUGCGGAGUCGCCGAUUGGAAUGUUCUUUUACUUUUUGCCCAAGUGUCUCUGGAAGAGAAUUGCCUUGGAGUCCGAAGUCUAUCGGAGAAGAUGCAUACCUGCGAUUGCCCAGCAGACUCGUGAACGCCAGCUAGCAGCCCAAGCAAACGAUCCUAAGAAAUCUGUGAGAGACUUAGAAGACAUCAUCAACAAACUUGAAAGACAGAAGCCCAUUCGAGAGCACGAGAUUUUGCAUGUAGCAGGCAUAUUGGUGGCCCGUAUACUGUGCGGACACACGGACGGCUUGUCGAAGCAUUGGGCUGUCAGUGAAGAUGGAGCUGUUCCUCGGGAUACCUUUGGACGGUACAUGAAGCGGGAGAGAUUCCGAACGAUAACACGCUUCCUCCAUUUUACAAGCCCCAACAGCGGAGAUACAACCACUGACAAGGCGUACCAGAUCCGACCCAUUUUGCAGGUAAUCGAGAAAGGGUUCUAUUUCGUUGGAACACAACGAAGUGACCGACUGGGGUGGCCAAAACAGCUCAUGUUCAAGCAGAAAAAGAGGCCACACUACAUGCCUCGAGGAACGUAA